AUGACCAAGGUUACUAUCUGUACCUUGUUUACCGCCGUUAAGGCCCGACAGAAUGUGAUCAUAACAAUCGGCUUUCGUGAUUUGUAUCCCCCGACACGAAAAUGUCUGGAUCCACACUGUUCGGGAGGACGAAAGGGACCACAACGUCAAGAGUUGUUAGAUCUGCGCGGGUAUCGUGCCGUUCUCUUCACGCGCGAUUUCGGCCCCCUUCCUGUCUGGUCAUACUCUGCAAAAUGCCCCCGAUGCGGUGCCCGUUAUUAUCCUAACUAUUACAUCUAUAACGGCACUCGUACAUACUAUCUCGGGAUCCCGUAUGCCAUACAUGUUACAAUGCACUCGUACGUCGAGUCCUCAUUAUGUGAGCGCUUCGCAAAUUCAAUGGUUUGUGCCUGGGUUUCUGCUACGAACAAUGCCCGUAUCUACGAACUAGAUCACGGCGUCCCCAAAAACUUCUCUUGGCCUGUCAGUCUCGCGCUCACCGGCGAAAUUGUUUGGGACGCGUUCUUCCUUCACGGCCUCAUCUGCGACUUUCACGAGAGAUCGGAUAUCCUCAUCCUCAGCGAUACUCCUCACCCUGAUCGUCUUCGUGAAGCUCUAGAGGCUUGGAACAUCGCGAUGGUAGGCCCGGGACAGAAACUGUGGAACCAUGCAUGCGAGCAGUGCUGCGCCACUGAGGAGAGGGACAACAGUGUCUAUGCUCUUUGUGCUGUCGUCUGCGACGGGGUGGCAGUCGGCCGCCCUUGCUGUGCUCACCACGAUUGUCAACAACCCCUUCCAACCCAACGAGCCAAGUACUGCACUGAGCACUCGUGGGAAGGGAAUAUUUGUUGCAUCACAAGCUGCGACAGAACGAUUGAGGCCGGAUUUCAGACUUGCAACUUGCCGGACCACCGUUCAAUGGAGAAACAUGGCAUUGAAGAACAUUCCGCCAUGUUCCAGCUUCGAAAACGCCUCGAACGGCGCAAGGUCGCGCUGAUCGACGAUUCUAUGCCCUUCAGUGAACAGGACACAGAUCCCUCGACCGCCAUGGCUCAUGACGACGCUGUUGAGAUGGAAGCGUCGGCCGUUGAUGAGCAUGCACCCGCGCUAGGGUCCGAGGGAGGUAUUCGGGAAGCUUUGGGGAGACACCGAACAGCGCUAGACAAGUACCGAAGACGCCGACUAUUACCGAACACGGUCGGUCCCUACCCGACCGACGACAAGCCACCGAAGGACGUUCGGCAGCACUUGGGUCAGUUCGCCCACACUUCACGUACUUACCAUGACCGCAUAGGAGUGUUACGAUAG